GGUUGGCAUUUCUGAUUAUAACAGAAAAAAUUCAAACUAGAGAAGAGGAAGACGGUUAAAAAGUUGUUUAGUUGUGGAAGACCUGAAAAAUGAGUGAAAAGAAGCAGUUACAGCCGAUUAAGGUGUUUGUAAGGCCUAGGCCUCUGAUGCCAAGGGAUGAUAAACUGAAAGUAUCAAAGGUAAUCCGGCAUACAGAGGCACGAGAAUUGGUUAUUAAAAGUGGACCAAUUGAUAAAAAAUACAACUUUGAUCACGUUUUCAACGAGAAUGCUUCACAAAAGGAGGUUUACGAGGCUGUUGUGGUCCCCUUCAUUAGUAGCAUUCCUGAAGGUUACACCUGUACUAUUUUUGCCUAUGGACAAUCAGGCACUGGGAAGACACACACGUUUUUUGGGGAGCAUGAAGUGGACAUUGAUUCCGACUUCGAAAACGAUGUGUCAAUUGGGCUAAUUCUGCGCGCUGCUCUGCAACUUUUUUCCGAAUUGGGUAAACUAAAUGCAAGAACUGAUUACACAGUGAGAUUUUCUUUUAUCGAAAUCGUCAACGAAGAAGUUCGUGAUUUACUUGAUGACAGUAAUCAUUUGAGAGUUUAUGAUGACCCAUUGAAGAAAGGUUCAGUUUGCUUGAAGAAUAUGACAAAGUGUACGGUUUUUAAUGUUCAUGACGUAAAUGAUUGUAUUAUUGCUGGUAACAAGUUAGUAUCGAAGAACUCAAAUGGUGGAAGUUCUCACGUUAUAAUCACCUUCACGGUGGACACCAGAGAAAGAUUCUCUAAUGGCACAGAGUGUAUAAAAACCGGUCGUUUAAAUUUCGUUGAGUUAGCCGGUAGUCAGAAUAUGACACGCUCUACACAACAAAGAGCCAAGGAUUUUGCUUUGACCAAUAAGUCGCUAAUUACAUUUGGAAACGUCAUUAAAGCUAUAGAGCAAAAGCUACAAUACGUUCCGUAUCGCGAAUCAAAAUUAACUCGAAUUCUGCAAGAUAGUAUCGGCGGUAACGCCAAAACUUGUAUGAUUGCAACAUUUUCAUCCAGCAGUCUUCAUAUUGACGAAACCGUUAACACUUUAGAAUUUGCAAAAAUCGCAAAAUGUGUUGUUAACUGUCCCCAAAUUAACGUCUGCCGCAAACAAACAGACCUGUCACGAGAACUGCAAGACGAAGUCGAACGAUUGAGAAAAUUAGUGACUGCUGCAAGAGAAAGCCAAGGCUUCUACGUCAGUGCAGAAAACUACAACAAAAUGACACAAGAACAAAAGGAUAAUGAUGCUAAAAUAAUCCAACUACUGCGUCAAAUUCGCGAAUUGGAAGAGCACAAAAGAACACUCCAAAUUCAAAAUGACAACAAAAACGAUUCGUUUCUCAAAACUAAACUAUUCGUCGAAGAUGCGGAAAAGCAGUUAAAAGCCAAACAGAACGAAACAAAACAGAGUGAAUCGCGCUUGAACGCUUUAGCGGCGCGAAAUGAAGAAAUGAUUCGCAAUGCAAACCGAGCCCUUGAUCUUUGCGAAAAGAGACUUAAAGAAGAAGCAAUUUAUUACCGAAAGUAUCAAGAGAAGUGUGAAGCUAAUAAAACCAACACUACCUUGGUGAAGGAAAUCAAUCAAACCACGAGCAGUGGUAUGAAAGAUAUCCAACAAGCGACCUACGCUUAUGUUAAUCAACAAAAGAAUCGUUUUAAAUAUAUAGCUGAAAAACAACGAAUUGUUCGACAAUCCUUCAUGGAUCUGGCGUCCACUAUUGGAACUUUUAAACAAUUAGAUGCCCAAGAAAGUGUCAAAAACGAAUCCGAUGAUGUAACAGAGUUAAUAAUCAAAAACAUCCAUGACAACACUGCAGAGAAAUUAAAAUCUCAAAAGGAGCUCAAAGAUGUGGUGGAUGAGGAAAAGAAGCGCUUUGCUGAAAUCAAUGAAAAGGUUAAACAGAUGGCAGAAGAAACUGUUGAGGAGCUCAUACGCCUCCAAAGAGAGCAAGGAGGCGGUUUUGAACCUAUAUUGAAUUUCCUUAAUAAAAUUUUGCGUAAUUUGGACGCUCGAGAAGCUACAAUAAAGAAGCAGAGUAGUGACGUACAACGUGUACUUGAUUUUGCGACUAAGCACAUAGCCCGUGAUAAAGCUGAAAAGGAGUUGCUCCAAAAGGAAGCUUCAGAGCUAGAAGAUGCUAUGAAAUUCAUAGAGACACAGCUUGCAAACAAAAAGGAUAUUAACGAAUUUGCUCUAAAGCAACAACUGAUGCGUAUUCCCGAAAAAACGCAGCAUGUUGUCAACGAUCUUAAAGUUGAUCAUGUGACUGAAGUAUUCUCCACUAAGGAAAAGGAGUUUGAAUCUGAUGCUUCCAAUCAGCAGGAAUUCGUCGAUCAAUGUGUUGACAAAUUUUUGCAAGGUUUAAAACCAAAUUUAGUUGAGUACAAUAAGCAUAUUGAUGAAACUUUCUCUAAGGUGAAAACAGUCGCUGAAACUGUUAAGACCUCCGUUCUGGAGAAGACUUACAAUGACAGCCUUUCGCUUGAAGAAAUAAUUAAUGCCGCAAAAGAAGAGAGUGAUGACUAUGCGUUUAAAUCUAUGAACAUUGUUAAGCAAACGUUAAAUAAACUGGAAUCGUGCAGCAACGAUAUUUGCUUGACUGGACACGUGGGAGAUACUCCUGUCAAGACCUCUCACGGUCACUUUGAUCCUGAGAAUAGUGAAAAUAUUCCUCCACCGAAAGGGAAUCUGUUUCAGAAUAAGGAUGAUCCAUUGCACUGAAGUUUUUUCUAAAUGUUUUUUUGUUGUUUUGUUUCACUUUUUUAGUUUGGAAUUUUAGAUGUAGUUUGUUCUGUUCAGUUAUUUUGAAAUAAACCAUUUUGCAUUAA